AUGUCAGACUCAGAAGGGGAGCCGUCACUGGCGUUGAAUUCUAUAUUCACUGAGCCUUUGAGAGCUCCAUCUCCAGAACCCACUAUAUCUAUCUACCAGCGCGAAGCCGCGAACUCCAAUACCUCGCAAGACACAUAUUGGUCGAAGAUCGAAAUCCGCCUCGUUGGGUCCCAUCCGCUUUGGGGACAUCAUCUCUGGAAUGCUUCGCGUGCAUUCGCAUCUUAUCUAGAUGUGAACCCGGAACUCUAUCGUGAUCGCGCGGUCUUGGAACUUGGUGCGGGAGGCGGAUUGCCCGGCCUCGUCACAGCCCUGAACGGCGCUCAUACGGUCGUCUUGACGGACUACCCCGAUGCCUCCUUGCUAGACAACCUCAAGCACAAUGUCGAAACAAACAUCCCUUCAACAUCACGACAACGCGUGCAUGUCCAGGGAUACAUCUGGGGACGACCAAUCGGUCCGCUUCUUAAGCCAUUGGACGGGUCGACGGGCCGCUCUGGCUACGAUCUAAUCAUGAUGUCCGACCUAAUCUUCAACCACUCCCAACAUGACGCGCUGCUGCAGACCUGCGAGCAGGCUCUGUCGAGCUCAUCCAGAGAUUCGUUGACGACAACACCAGAGAAGAAUGCUACGUUCAGAUCAGGUCUCCCUUCGCCUUGCCUCCUCGUAUUUUACACGCACCACCGUCCACACCUAGCUCACCGUGAUAUGGAUUUCUUCAGCAAGGCCCGCCAACGCGGAUGGUUAUGCGAGGAGAUUUUAACGCAGAAAUUCCCGCCGAUGUUCCCAGAUGACCCUGGAGAUGAGGAAGUCCGUUCAACGGUGCAUGGAUGGAUGUUGACUCGUGCGAAAAGCUAG